GUGCUGAGCAGCAGCAGAGCAGCUUAGAUCCGGACCAGAGGUGACCAGGGCUCGGGGUGAAGGCAGCUGCUGCCGCUGGUAGUGGUGCUGCUGCUGCUGGUGCUGGUGGUGGUGAGAUGUGAAGAGGCUUGAAGUAUGGCAUGCAAGGAUGGUUUCUGCCAAGAAGAAGGAGAUGGUGACAGCGAUGCGCCCCGCGUUUACUCGGACCCUCUUCUACUUUUUCUGUUUGCUGACUUGUAUGAAGAAAAUCUCUGCGCAGACAAAAAAGGAUGAAAGGAUCUAUCCGGAGAAUUUCACUCGCAUUUUGGACCGACUUCUGGACGGCUAUGACAACAGGCUGCGACCUGGAUUCGGAGGUCCUGUGACUGAGGUCAAGACUGACAUUUAUGUGACAAGUUUUGGGCCUGUCUCAGACGUUGAAAUGGAAUACACAAUGGACGUAUUUUUUCGCCAGAUGUGGGUUGACCGGAGGUUGAUGUACGAGGGCCCGAUAGAGAUUCUCAGGCUGAACAACCUGAUGGUAACAAAGGUGUGGACACCGGACACCUUCUUCAGGAACGGCAAGAGGUCCGUCGCUCACAACAUGACGGCACCCAACAGGCUGUUCCGCAUCAUGAAGAACGGCACCAUCCUCUACACCAUGAGGCUGACGAUUAGCGCCGAGUGUCCCAUGAAGCUCGUGGACUUCCCCAUGGAUGCACAUGCAUGCCCCCUCAAGUUUGGCAGCUAUGCCUAUCCUAAAACGGAGAUGAUCUAUACUUGGACCAAAGGGCCUGAGCAUUCAGUGGAGGUCCCUCCAGAGUCCUCCAGCCUCGUUCAGUAUGAUCUCAUUGGCCAGACGGUCUCCAGUGAAACGAUUAAAUCCAUCACAGGUGAAUAUGUGGUCAUGACGGUCUACUUCCACUUGAAACGUAAAAUGGGCUACUUCAUGAUUCAGACGUAUAUCCCCUGCAUAAUGACAGUAAUCCUCUCCCAAGUGUCCUUCUGGAUAAAUAAAGAAUCAGUCCCAGCGCGCACAGUUUUCGGCAUCACCACCGUCCUGACCAUGACAACACUCAGUAUCAGUGCUCGCCAUUCCCUCCCCAAGGUCUCGUACGCUACUGCGAUGGACUGGUUCAUCGCCGUCUGCUUCGCCUUUGUCUUCUCCGCCCUCAUUGAGUUUGCCGCUGUCAACUACUUCACCAAUGCACAGAUUGAGCGCGCCAAAAAGAAGCCGGCCAAAUGUCCCCCGGUGCCCCAAUCCACGCCUGUCAAGGUCAAGGACGCAGAGGAAGUGCUGCAGCAAAAUCCUGAUACGAACGGUAAUCUGAGGAAGCGCAUGAAUUAUAUCUCCCACCAAGAGUCGAGCAGUCAACCGAGAGCCCAGUCCACCACCAACAUUGCAGGAGUAGGGCGAGGAAGGCCGCUGCGACCUUUAGCCGGUGGAGCCAAUGGCAGCUCUUCCACCCUCUCCCGCUCCAGCCCAAAGUCUGAGAGCCUGCUCAGCGUUGCGUCUUCCUCAGCGCAGCUGGUGAAGAGUACGCCUCAGGGUGCAGCUUCUACGCCAGACGUGAUGGCGGGGACGCCGUGCAAGCAGAACGCCAGCACUUCCUCUCUGCAGCAUCUGCUGGGCCCGAAGCUGGAGCGCAUCCAGAUGAUGGGGAACAAACUGGAGCCGAAGCAGACGCCGUGCUCCCAGCCCACCACUGCUGGUAUGGGCGGAACCAGUAAAAUUGACAAGUAUGCACGGAUCCUCUUCCCCGUGUCGUUUGGCGCAUUUAACAUGGUCUACUGGGUGGUUUACUUAUCAAAGGACACGAUGGUGGCUAAAGGUGGCUAGACGUGUCUUUUAACACAUGGGAAGUAAAUAAGGAUUACUGGAGUUUGUGAACAUUAUGUAGAACGUGUUGUUUUUGCCAAACAGAUGAACAAAAUGUGCCCAUAAAGCACUUAAGAAUACAUUUAUUUUUUUCUUCCUGAGUCCUGAAACUGCAAGCAUGGGAACAAGCGAGCAAAAUUAGAAAAACCUGACUCAACAUAAGAAGGAACACCUGCACACUGGAGUAUGCUACUGUCCUCUUUCUAUUACAUCGUGCUUCAUUUGACUGAAAAGGUCCUCAUCAGCUUCAACUGAUCUCUUCUGGCCUGCAGUCAAGAUAAAGCAUGGAUUUUAUUCAUUUUCCUAUUUUUGUACCCUGCACCUGGCAAGAUGCGUGGACGUGUGUGCCAUUGUUCUGAACUCAACUGCACCAACACUGUAAAUAUAUAAAUUUAUUAGGAUAAACAGAUUUAUAUUUAAUGAAUACAGUUUACUUCCUUUUGAAUAAUUAAGACGUGUCGCUUUUGGUGCCAGCAGGUUAGAGGUUGCAAAAUUAAAACGAGGGAUUUCAGAAUGGAAAAUUCUUGAAUGUUGGCCAAAAGGGUUUGAAACUAAAAUGGAUUUGGCCAGAAUGAAAGUCCUCAAACCAGGCCGAGUGGAGCUUUGGCCAGGACCUGAUCAACCAUGAAAAGCUUCUCUUGUAUAGUACCUACUUGCAAAGCAUCUUUCACAUACAAGAAGGAUUAACUAAUCUGAAAUAGCGAAUAUGAAAUUUGUGGAUAAGUCGGGCAGAAAAUAGUAAAGACAAGUUAUGAAUUCAUGUAACAGUAGGCUUUAAGCUUCUCUCCAGCCGUAACAGAUUGCGAAUAGCAGACAAAGAUUGUGUAAGUGAUUAAAAAAGAGCCAUAGCAUGAACAAAUACAGGGAGCAGAACACAAAGCCAUUUGCUCGUAGACCACUGUGGCAAUAAAAUAAUGUGCUGGUUGUUUGUUUCGAGACAUUUCGGCGUGCUCAACAAAAGAAUGUGACUCAACAGCAGCUCCAGGGGAGAAACGCAACAUCUAACUGCUGUCAUCCACAUUCUUAAAUGUGUUUCCGUGCACUUUGAUUUUGGGCAUAAAACAUUAUUUAAUUACUCUUCAUGGGAAAGAUCUCUCAUGUGUGUCUAUGGAGCACACUCACUUGCUAUCAAAACUACAGCAGAUACACAACACGUCGAGCACGUUUUGAAGGUUGAAAUAACUUUUUCUCUUCUGUCUGGUAACCCCAGUGUCAGCUGACGCACGGCUGUUGGUCACUAAGUUGACAGCUAUUAGUAGGUUAUGGAAUUUAUUGGUGUUUACAUUGAUAAUUGCUGAAACAUUGAUGUUGCCCUGGUUGAAAGAUAUUAGCAAUUUAGACCACAUUAAGUUAUGGAAGUGGUUGAUAUUUACCUGCUGUGUCAGAUCAGUUAAUGUUUAAAGAUAAUGACGAGUCAUUUUUCAUAGGGGGUAAUCAGUCUACACCUAAUUUACUGCAGCUGCAGUUUAUUACCAACCAGAAAAUGAUUGUACUGAAAAUCAGAGUGCAUAUCUUUGGAAGUGUAAAGGCCUUUUCACAUAGAUGCGCUUGUGCUGUGGUGUGCGCGAGCCAUAGAGAAGAAUGGGUUUUAGAGCAGUUUUCACAUUGUAUGGGAAGGGUCUUAAUAAAUUCUCCUGUCGUUCUGAAUUAAUGGGAAAAUGUGUAAAGAAUCUUACUUAAGAUUGUUUUCAUGAGAAAUAUUGGCCUCUACUCGGUUUUUAUUUCAGUUCAGGUCUUAAAUGCUUCGAGAUGCUGGCAUCUUCGUGUAGCGCCCCCAUGUACUCAGGCUGAAAUCCAUUUUAGUCGCUUCAUCUCAUAUCCUGAAACCAGAUCUUUUGAAUUGAUCCUGUAAAAACACUGCAGUAUCAAAAAGUCAAAGACACUUCAAGUCAGCAGAGGCUGUUGGGAUAUCAGGAUUCAUUAAUUCAGAAUUAGAUGUGCUGACGAAUAAACCCUUUGAAAACAGUGGUCAUAAUAGCGAGGACUAAAGCCCUUUACACACCAGACAUGUCAAAUUCAAGCUAAUAUUUUGUGCCUUAAAAAUAUUUUUCGGGCUCACCUAUUUUUAAUGCAGCCAUUCACACCGACUGAUUUUCCAUGACAAAUUUGGGGCUUUUUUUUUUUUUUUUUACUGAGCUAAAUUUUUCAGAUCCAAAUAAACAACAAGCGUGUUCGUAGUUUAAAACAUGCAACGGCUUGAUGAUGUCAACUUCAUGUUUUUUUAAAAAUUCAUUUUCUGCAGAAAUGCUUUUGGUGUGUAUAUGUGUAACACGACAAACUUGCUUCUUCGCAACGCGCUCGAGGCGUAAUGGCCUUAACUCAGAACUUGAGCUCAUCUUAAUCUACACACUGGCUACUUCAACACUUGCUAAAGUAUUGUUUUUUAAAAUAGAGAUUUUCUGCUUUCAUUAAAAAAAAAAUCUGUGCAUACAAGCAUUGAUUUGAAAAUAAUGUCCAUCUACAUGAAGAUGCUGAAAACCCAACAGGAGACCCAAACGAACAAAGAGCCCCACACCCAGACAGUGAAUGCUUUUUAUUAUAUGUGGUAAACAGGACACUAAGGUGAAAGGUCAAAAGUUCUCCUUGUUUGACUGAGAUCCAGUACUUGCGUUUCUUCUUCUGUAGCUUUCUGGGCACUUCACCCUUCUGCUAGCAACACUACCGUUACCAUGACAACCACCUCUUACCCUCCGGUCAGACCUGCAUAAAAACGGAGCUAGGGUGCGUUCCAUAAGAGCAGAUUUAUGACCUUGUUGCCUUGUAGGUAUCACAACCUCCAUCCACAUUGUUGUGAAGGGGGUCUUAGUAUGUUACACUGUGGGCCGUCAAAGACAAAACACAAAUAUGUGACGCUACUUAUGAGACAUUAGCUGUACAUAUAAACACAAAUCCCAACAGUAUGUGUAGAAAGGCCCCAAAAGGUAACUAAACGCCGCUGCUUCCUCGCACCUACUCUUUAAAUUACGCCUAAACAAAAGCUAGGAGGUCCGUUAGCCAGGCUAGCUGCUUCCAGCUCUUUCUGGUUAUUGUGCUAGGCUAAUCAACUGCUGGCAACGUCUUCAUAUUUACACUUUAUGUGUCUAUAAUCACUUUCAACUCUUUGGUAAGUAAUGGAAAAAACAUUAUUUCCACAAGUCAGAAACGUUUAAACUCAGCUAUUAGCUUCUACACAUGAUAUAUAUGUGCUAAUUUGUUCUUUUUAGACAUUUUGAACCCUCAAUAUUAGUUUUAGUACUGACACAUUUUUGUACUGUUUUUGUACAAGUAAUAAUCACAUUUGGAGGAAUGGAGGUCCAAGUUGUCAGCUACCAUUAAUCCCAGCACGAUGCUGAUAAAGAGAAGCUUGGUCAUUUGGGAAGAGGUCAGAGUAGAGCUCCUAAUAGUGAUGUGCGGAUCGAUCCUAAAAUAUCGAUUUCUUCGAUACCAGUCAUUUAUGUUCUAGAAUCGAUUCUCACAUUAAAAUAUCGAUAUUUUAGUAAUUUAGGGUAAAUUUGUAGUUUAUCAUUAACAGGAACACAGUGGAAAGAAACUAUAACAUUUGGAUUGUCUACAUUCGAAGGAACUACUUCCUCUUCCGCCUUUCAAAGUCAUGUGCGAAAUACGGCUGUAUAAACGUGUUGCAGCCCCUUGGCGUGCGCACUCACAACAAUGGCUGAGCGUAAUUGGAGUCAUGUGCGGACGUAUUUUACCUCCACAAACAGCUGAGACGUGGUUUGCGAUACAUGUGGCAAAAAAGUGAGGUGUUGUGGCAACACCACUAACCUUGUCCUUACCUCAGAGUAAAUCAUAUCACAGAAUAUGACGAGCGUAUGUUGAGGCGAACUGAAGAGGAGGAGAGGGACAGGUGCUGCUAGGGCGAGACAGACGUCUCUCACGUACAAUGUUCCCUCUAAUGUUUCAUGUGUCUGAGCGAACGCACAAACUCCCUGAGCGGUCCCUUGGACCACUGUGAGCAACAUUAGACGUGUGCAUUGUGGUCACGCCAGCAUUGAAUCCAUCCAAGUUACAUGGUUUAUUAAAAUAAUCAAAUUACAGCAUUUACAUUUAUGUUAGACUACUUUUAAUUAACUGCUUUAGCCCACUUACAAUGAAAAUUAAAAAAAAAAAUCUUGUU